GAGGAUUCAUAUAUACUGCAUAUUAUAUAAAUCAAAAUUUCUUAUCCCAUCCAUUCCAUCGCGAUCUAGAUCGUUUGCUCCAAUUUCUUCGUCCAUGGCCACUACACUGCUAUUGACACUUCUCUUAACUAUCCGACUCUCCUCUAUCGCCUCGUCCCAAUCCAAAGUCCAAACCUUUACCUACGUAAACAACGGCGAAUUCGGCCCCUAUGUGUCCGAAUACGGCGCCGACUACCGCGUCCUCCCCGUGGCGGCCUCUCCCUUCCAGCUCGCCUUCUACAACACCACCCCGGGCGAAUUCUACCUCGCCCUCCGCAUGGGCACCGUCCGAUCCGAGUCCGUCUUCCGCUGGGUCUGGGAAGCCAACCGCGGCCGCCCCGUCCGCGACAACGCCACCUUCUCUCUCCUUCCCGAUGGAAACCUCGUCCUCUCCGACGCCGACCGACGCAUCGUGUGGUCCACAGACACCGCACACCGCGGUGUUGUCGGGCUCAAAAUCGUCCCCGGCGGCAAUGUCGUGCUCUACGACGCGAAAAACCGAUUCGUAUGGCAGAGUUUCGAUCACCCAACCGACACGCUUCUCGUCGGCCAAUCACUCAACCUCGUCGCGGGGCCGAAGAAGCUCGUUAGCCGGAGAUCGACCGCCGACGGUUCCUUCGGAACGUAUAGUCUCGUUUUGAGCUCCGGUGGCCUAACGUUGUUCAUGAACGACAACCUCACGUAUUACAACUACUCGGAUGGCUUGCUGAGCUUCUCUUCGAACUCGGUCACGUUCGAGUGCGGGCCCGAGACGGAGGACGCGUUCGCGUACGAGCUAAGGCUAGCAACGGGGCAAGGAACGAUCAUCCUCGCGAGGCCAAAGUACGAUGCGAAACUAUCCUUCUUGCGGUUGGAGAUAGACGGGAACUUGGCGGCGUACACGUACUACGACCCGGUGGAUUACCGGGCGUGGGAGAAGACGUUCGCAUUGUUCUCCGAUGAGAUAGGGUUGCUGAGCACAUGUGCAUUGCCGCAAAAGUGCGGUGAAUUCGGCGUUUGCGAGGACGAGAUGUGCGUCGCGUGCCCAUCCACGGGAGGGCUAAUGGGGUGGAGCAAGAAAUGCGCGCCACCACCGCCGCCGAGGCGGUGCCACAGUGGUGCCGCGGCGGCGGCGGAUUACUAUGAGGUGGUGGGGGUGGAGAGCUUUGUGAGUGCGUACAUGGGAGGGGAGGGGAGAGUGGGCGUGGAGGAGUGUAGGAGGAGGUGUCGCGUGCGUUGCACGUGCGAGGGGUUCGCGUAUUGGGAGGAGGAAGGGAGGUGUUGGUUGGCGCCGGUGCUUGGCACGCUUAGGAAGGUGGAGAACUCCUCGCACGUGGUUUAUGUCAAGUACUACAAAUAAAA